AUGCCACAUCCGAAGCACUUCUGUGUCCAACCCACUCCAGUGGGCCCUUGCGGCGAGAGGGCUGUGUUGCACGGCAAGUGUCGGGAGCACGGGGGAAACCGGCGGCUGUGUCUCAAUCCUACGCCUGACGGUCCCUGUCAAAAACAGGUGCAGUGGGGCGGCGAGGUCCCGGCGUGCUUUGCGCACGGCGGAGGAGAGCGGUGUCUCCGCCCCACGUCGAACGGCCCAUGCCAAAAGCAGGUUAGCAGUGGCGGCGCUGUCCGGGCUUGUAAGGCGCACGGCGGAGGAAAGCGGCUGCUGUGUCUCCAUCCCACGCCCGCCGGCCCCUGUCACAAGCUGGCGGCGAAGGCCGGGGUCCGGGCGUGCAUUGCGCACGGCGGAGGCAAACUGUGUCUCCGCCCCACGCCUGCUGGUCCCUGUCAGAAGCAUGUGCAGGGCGGCGGCGAGCGGGCUCAGCAGUUAAUCUGGGACUGCCCGGUGCCCGGCGGCUGCACUCUCAAACGCCCCGACAUGCUCUUCCGAUUCGAGGACCGCUUCGUGCAGGUCGAGGUCGACGAGGAGGGCCACGAGAACUUGAGCUGCGCGGACGAGGACAGUCGUCUUGAGCUCAUCGCGGCCGACGUGGGCCUGCCCGGCCUGGUCCUCCGGCUCAACCCCGACGCGGAACGAGUGCUCAAGCGCCGGCGCCUCAGCAACGGCGAGCACUGCUUCUGUGUUGGCGACGCGGACGCCUUCAACGGCCUGUUUGACGCAGCCGAGGCCGCGGUGGAGGCUUUCGCGAACGAGCCGGCCCCCGAGGGCGUGCGGGUCGUGGGGCUGCCCGCGAGCUGGUGGGACGGAAGGUAA